GCUCCCUGCCUUGGAUGCAUGUGGCCUGGCACACUCAGACGAAGCCCCACGACCUCGCAAUCACCCCUAAUUUGCUGGUCUUUUCUACAAUUAUCUGCACUCACACCAGCCUUCGCCUACACGGCCCAUCCUUACGCCGGCUUUCGCCUACCAAACCACAGCCCACAACACCAUGCACGCACCGGAGAGCACCCGUGAAGAGCGGUAUCGAUCUCGAGACGACAACAAGUCUCCAGCUCGAGCCCAUCACCUCGCCGCCCUUUACCUCCUCCCAAUCCUCACAACCGCCUUAGCCCUCUGGGCACUCCUCCACACCUGGCACCUCCAACUCUCACCCAACCUCUCUCACCACCACAGCCACCAGCGCAACAACCACCACCCCAACCCCCCCAAACCCCUCCCAACCCACCCCCACCGCUGGACAACCUGCGGCACCUCCCCCUCCGAAGCCCGCGCCCGCGGCUGCCGCUUCGACAUCCUCAGCUUCGCGUGGCAAACACCCGAGUGCUACGACUCGGACCUGAUGGCCGCCUUCCUGGCCCACCACGCCUGGCAGUUCUACGCCCACGCCAACCGCACCGACGAGACGGUCGACCUCGCCGUCGCGCUGCGGGGCGAGCGCACACUGUACGUGGACUGGGAGUACCAUGUUGCGCAUUGUACGUUCAUGUGGCGCCAGAUGCACAGGGCGUACGCGGUGCGGGGGUUUGUGGAUGCGCAUUUGGAUGGGUAUGGGCAUACGCUGCAUUGUCAGGGGGUGUUGUUGGAGAGGGGGAUGCCGGGGGGUGUGGUGAAUGUGGUGGCCGCGGUGAAGUAUCCCGAGUGUAGAGAGGUGGGGGGGCGUGGGCGUGGGACGGAGUCAUUCUAUGCCCAGGGGGCAGUCCAUGAGGGUUGAACGUUGCGGGGUGGACACAUUGUCUGGGUUGGC